AUGGAAGAGGCAAAUGCCGCUGCAAAGCCAGACAUAGACUCGCUCUACAGCAGACUACCCAGCAGACAAGUCUUGCAGAGCUUGAACAUCAAUUCUCUCAUCAGCAACCAGAACAACACCUGCAAAUCGUACUUUGCAACUGUGUUUGAAAAAGAUGGCAAUCUAAUUUAUUCCUGGUAUCUAGACACUAAGCACCACGGCCAGAACAGUGCUAGAGCUCUGCCUGAAAAAACUAAAAAGGAGGUUGUGCCAUCCAGCAACGAUGGCGACAUCAACAGUAAAAUCGAUAAGAAUGGCAAAGCAGAUGGCGAAAACCACCCCAAAAAUGAAAGCCAUGAACAGGCUCAUGGUAGUGAGAAAGAAACAGAAAAAACAGAAAAAAAAACAAUUAAAGAUGGCUUACACAAGUACAAGUAUGCAUAUAAUUACAACGAUCCAAAUGAAAGCCAGGAGAUCAUCAAACCCGUUAAAGUAAUCAAAUGCUAUAAAAUCAUCAAAUUGUGUUUGAACAUACUCAACAAAUACUCAAAUCUAACAGAUGAAGUUUCAGAAGUGCUUCACGAGAACAAACACAAUAACCCAAGCAGCAAUUUCCAGUUGAUCAGGUUGAAUUAUGAUCACAAUAAAGAGCUAAUGAUUAUCCCCAACGAUGAACUAAUUCUUUGUAUUGUCAUUAAUAAACAAUAA